CUCCUGGCAUUCGCAGACACGCGAGAGCUGCAGCUCCUGCACUUCGGGCUCUUCCUGGGCAUCUACCUGGCUGCCCUCCUGGGUAAUGGCCUCAUCCUCACUGCCGUAGCCUGCAACCACCGCCUCCACACCCCCAUGUACUUCUUCCUUCUCAACCUCGCCCUCCUUGACCUGGGCUUCAUCUCUACCACUAUCCCCAAAGCCAUGGCCAAUUUCCUCUGGGACACCAGAGCCAUUUCCUAUGCAGGAUGUGCUGCACAAAUCUUUUUGUUAGUCUUUUUGUUUUCAGCAGAGUUUUCCCUUCUCACCAUCAUGGCCUAUGACCGCUACAUUGCCAUCUGCCAGCCCCUGCACUAUGGGACCCUCCUGGGCAGCAGAGCUUGUGCCCAGAUGGCAGCAGCUGCCUGGGGCAGUGGCUUUCUCCAUGCCCUGCUGCACACUGCCAAUAUAUUUUCACUGCCUCUCUGCCAUGGCAAUGCUGUGGACCAGUUCUUCUGUGAAAUCCCCCAGAUCCUCAAGCUCUCCUGCUCAGAAUCCUACCUAUGGGAAAUUCGAAUUACUAUGGCUAGUGCUUUUCUAUUGUGUGGGUGUUUUGUUUUCAUUUUACUGUCCUACAUGCAGAUCUUCAGGGCUGUGCUGAGGAUCCCCUCACAGCAGGGCCGUCACAAAGCCUUUUCCACGUGUCUCCCUCACCUGGCUGUUGUCUCCCUGUUUCUCAGCACUGUUUUGUUUGCCCACCUGAAGCCCCCCUCCCUCUCCUCCCCUUCCCUGGACCUGGUCGUGGCAGCUCUCUACUCAAUGGUGCCUCCAGCAGUGAACCCCCUUAUCUACAGCAUGAGGAACUGGGAUCUCAAGGACACUGUGCAGAAAUUGAUGACUGGCUGUAUUUCGUAAGCAAUGAACUGACAGCCUAUUUCUGCAAAUCACUCUUAAAAAUACUGAUGACAAGCAAAGUUUUUCUUAUGUUUUUGUGCUGAUUAUUUUUUU